AAGAAUUGGUUGUGUAGAAGAAUAGCAUAUCUUCUGCCCUUUCUGCGCCAUGAAAGCCAUCUCCAUUGCCCCUCUCUCCACAAAUCUCUAUCCUUGUAGAACUCCGCACGCGCUCUUUUUUAUCUCUAUCUGGACCUAAAUUUAUGUUGGACGAAAACUCCAUCAAAACCCACAAUUACAAACAUAAUAUAUAUGGAAAGUUGUAUGUUAUUGGGAAAUCAAUGGUGGAGGAUGUCCAUAUACAUAUACACCAAGAUGUCUUCUUGCAUCCAACCACGGCUCCGCAUAUACCCUUUCGUCUUCCUCGCUCUCUUCUACUAAAAGCUUUAAGAGAGAGAGAGAGAAACCACUCCCAACUUGUUCUCUGCUAGUCUUUUGCAUGUGGGUUAUGUUAAAGAUUUGAUUUUGUUUUCAUAUAUAAUUUGGGUUUCUGUUGCCUUGGGAAUUCUGGAUUCUUGUUUGGAGAAACGGAUUAAUUGAAGCAGAAUAUGAAGCGGGCUUCUCUUAAUUUUGAUCAAUCGCAUUCUGCCGAUGUUGAAGCUAAAAUAAAGUUGAGAUAUCAAACACUCUUGAGAGAAUAUCUUGAACUGCAAAAGGUAUUUGUUUCUAAAAAGAGGAAAUUGCAGGCUGCAAAGCAAAAGAGAGAAGUAGUAUUUGCUGAAGUUAGAUUCUUGAGAAGGAAGCAGAAGUAUAUGUUGAAAAGACAAGCUCCCAAUGCAGAUAAAGAAACCAAUGCAUUGCAGGGUGGGGGCAAUCCCAGCGCCAUUCAUCAACCCCUGCUCUCAAACUCGCUCUGGAGAGAUGGCACGGCAGAAGAAGGAAAGGGUCAUGUAUAUCAAGAGGAUGUUAGAAGCAAGAAAAUGAAAAAGAAUCCUUCGUCUCAGGAUAAGGCUGAGGGCGAACAAAAGAUCUGUUGGCCUGAUCAAGUCACUCCUAAAUUCUAGUUGAGUCACUCUGCUGCACUAUGUUGAAGGUUAUGGAGCAUGUGGAAACUGGCUGGGAUUAGAUUCUGUCACCGAUUCAUAGAGCUUGUAUACUAAUCGGCAUUUGAUUCUGUUACCGAUUCUGUCACCAAUCGGCAUUUCCUCACUCAAUCAAAAGAUCAAGUGUAUAUUGAUGAUGUCGAGGAUAUACUUUAUGAAUUCAUGGACUCUCUCAAUACUGAGAUUGAGGACUGCAGUGUUGAGGAGGUAUAUUGUUAAGGGUGCACUCCCUUAACAAGAUUCCGGCGACGACGAAGGGAUAAAAGUGGACGUCUCGGGCUUUCCCCGGGAUCAGCUCCAAACUAGGGUUGCGAGAAAAUAAAGAAGACGAUAAAAAUAGGAAAACAUGAUAAAGAAAAAUAAGAUAAUUUGAUGUUUCUUGAUUGCCUAAUGAGAAUAACAAUAGUCCUAUUUAUAAUAGG